AUGCAAAAGCUCUCGCUUGUGCUCCUGGCCGCCCUUACGACGGCCGCCACCGCCAACUACUGUACUUCGGGCAGCGACUUUAGCGAUGACUGCGACAACCGUCAAAACAAUCGCGGAUGCUUGACUUCCGGCGGACGUACUAAACCUCCCAGCUCAUCUUCAUCAUCGUCUUCAGAAUCGGCCGAACCCACCACUCAGUUCACUUUGGCCACUUCAACUCACGGUCAAUGUUACUGUAGCUGUGAAUCCUCCGGCUCGUAUGAGUCUUCUGGAUCUGAUGAAUCUUCCGGUUCCGGAUCUGACAGUAGCUCUAGCUCUUCAGAAGGCUCAGGCUUCGAGUACGAUGACUACUGCCUCUUGUUGCAAUACUUCUACAACAUCAGCAUCGAGAUCACCGAUGUCACGAUCCGUGAGGCUUGGAUCGAGUUCAUCGAAGAGAUUCAAGUCACCAUCAUCUACGAUGUCAGCCUGACUUCUGACGAAAAGCUGGUUGCCAUCUGGUCCAAGUUGGAGAUCUUCUUGACCACCUACACCGAGAUCAGUGAGCUUGUUCUCUAUACCUACAUUGAGGAAUGGAGUGGCUACGUGUUUGACAUCCAAACUGUUGUACUGUACAUUCAAUGGAGCUACACGUCCACCGUGGUUGAGAUCGAUGCUUCUGGAGACUGUAUCCUGUUCGAAGCUCUUCGCAACUGUACUGCUGUUGAUGCUGAGUUCAGUGCUAGGAUUGAGAUUUUGAUUGAAGAGUUGACCGUGAUUUUGGAGAGUACCACUUAUACCUACAGCUACCAAUUGGUGCUGGUCUACGAGAAGUUUGUGGCCUUCUUCGCCGAGUACACUCAAUAUACUGAAGUGAUCUUGGAGAUUGAGAUCGAAGGAUACGGAUCGUUCUCUUCUUUCUAUGAAGUUGUCUACAACGUGAGUUAAUGUUACUGAGCAGUAGCUUCAGUACUAGUCUUUACUACGAUGUUAUAGUAUCAUGACGUCAUUCUUUGGCAUCGGUUGUUACUGUACCCCUGUAGUACUAUAAUAUGACAUUCUUUUUCAGUACUGGCUCGUCUUCAACUUCGAAAUUGCUGUUGGAGGAUCAGUUUCCGAAUGUGAACUCAUCCAAACCUUGACUGCCUGCUACGAGAACGUCUCGUCCGGAUCCACUUCGGAACGUGCUCAGAUCAAGGAACUCGUGGAGAAGAUCACCACCUACUACGAGUCGUAUGUUGAAGUAGAUGUUCGUGUCGAGUACUUUGUUGAACAAUUCUACGAAUGGUUGAUCAUCCAGGAAUGGUCGGUCGAGAUCAUCUUUGGCUUGGAAAUCCAAGGAUACGGUACCGUCUACGACUUGAUCAUCGCUUAUGUUUGGGUAGGUAGUACCUUGUUAUAAGAGAAGAUUGGAAGAAGUACCGUUACCGUUCCUCACUUUAUCCUACCGUAGCUUCUUACUGUACUCUAGUGUACCCUAUUGUAACUUACCGUACCCUACUGUACCCUACCGUACCCUACCCUACCCUAUCCAAACCUACCUUACCCUACUGUACCCUACGUUACACUAUCGUACCUUACUGUACCCAAGGGUACUCCACUGUACGCUAUCCUACCGUAUCUUACCGUACCCUAUCGUGUGUUACCUUACCUUAUCUUACCCCUACUUUACGAAUUAUGUUCUCAACCCUUAAUGUUAUAGGAACACCACUGCGGCUGCAUUGACUUUGGAGAAUCCACCACCACCGCCGCCAUCGAAACCACCACCGAAGUCGAGACCACAACACACGCCACCGGUGACUGUUCCACCGUCCUCGACUUGGUCCUCUUCCAAAACAACAUCACCGACCUGUCCUGGUCGAUUGACGAAGCUCAGGUGAGCUGGAACUCGACCGAAGUCCAGCGGUUCGCCGCCUACGAGAAGAGGAUCUUCGUGGUGGAGAGCAACACCACCGCCACCAGCCAAGAGGUGUUCACCAACGUCGCCAACAUCUUUAACGUCUGGACCACCAACGAGUUCUACCUGGACCUGGUCUACUCCAUCAACAUCUACAUUUACCACGAGACCGCCAGCGAAUACGUUUGGGGAACGGUCAAGCAAUUCUGCGCUUGCGCAUAG